CAGGCCCAGGGGCUCAGGCUGAGCUCCACAAAAGCCAGGCGAGCACAACCGGCUGCACCCAACAUGGGGCAACGACGGGAUGAGCUGUGAGGACGCCACAGCCACCUCAGCUGCCACGCUCUCACAGUAUGGAUUUAUCAACACGUGCCUGAAGUCCUUGGUGGUUGAGAAGUAUGGUGAAGAAGUAUGGGAAAAAUUAAGACUCCAGGCCGGAGUUCAGGAUACUUUCUUGACUUUUGAAGUUUACAAAGAUGAGAUCACAAUGCAACUUGUUGACAAAGCCUGCAAAGUAUUAGGUGUUCCUGCAGACAUGGUUCUGAGAGAGUUUGGAGAAUAUUUCUUUGAAUUCUGUAAACGAUCAGGCUAUGAUCACAUGCUGAGGACACUGGGUGGAAAUCUAUAUGAGUUCAUAGAGAACUUGGAUGCAUUACACAGCUACUUGUCCCUUUCUUACCAGGAGAUGAAUGCACCAUCUUUUAGAGUAGAAAAGAAUGAAGAUGGGUCAAUGCAUUUACAUUACUAUUCAGAUAGAAGAGGUCUAUACCAUAUUGUGCCAGGAAUCAUUGGUGCAGCAGCCCUGGAUUUUUUUAACAUUGAGAUUUCAAUGGAAAUAGUCAAUCAAGCAGAAGAAGAAGAAAGAACUGGGAAAAAAGAGCAUAUUGUUUUCCUUGUCACUCAAAACCCUGUACUUCCAUACAAAGAAAGAAAGAAAUAUUCUUCCUCACCUCCAGAUCUUGCUGACUCUGAAAAACAAAGUGAGACCCAACUGAAUAAUGAGGACCCUGAAAAAGCCAAGUAUACAAUUAGAGACAGAGAAAACUUGGUUUGUCCUGUCAAGAAAAGUCACUGGAAAACAAUAAGAGGAAUAAUCACGUUAGGAAGAGGUAAACUCCUGAGAGGAUUUGACCCUGUUUAUCCCAAGAGUCUCUGGAUUGACACAAAAACAUUUUGCAAUGGGCUUCCUUUUCAUAUGGUUUUUGACAAAGAGCUCAGAGUGAAGCAAGCUGGGGUGAGCAUUCAAAAGAUUGUACCUGGCCUUCAGACCAUGGGCAUCUGCUUGGAUCAGUAUUUCAGUAUCGUUCACCCAGAAGUACCCUUCACCAUCUCUAGCAUUCAGAAAUUUAUCAACAGCCAAUUUGUUUUCCAGACUAGGAGAGAGAUGAUGCCAGAGUCAUGGAAACAACGGCCAAUGCUAGAGCUUAGAGGCCAGAUGAUCUGGAUGGAGUCCCUGCAGUGCAUGCUCUAUCUCUGCUCACCUUUGCUUCGCACUUUGCACGAGCUAGAGGAACGACAGAUGCAUAUUGCAGACAUUGCACCUCACGACGUGACCAGGGAUUUGAUUCUUCUCAAUCAGCAGCGACUGGCAGAGAUGGAGCUCUCUAACCAGCUGGAGAGGAAGAAGGAGGAACUGCGAAUACUGUCAAAGCACCUGGAAGAAGAGAAGAAAAAGACUGAGGCUCUGCUCUAUGCCAUGCUCCCUCAGCACGUGGCCAACCAGCUGAAAGAAGGGAAGCGAGUUGAGGCAGGAGAGUUCAAGGAGUGCACCAUACUGUUCAGUGAUGUUGUGACCUUUACCAACAUUUGUGCCCAAUGUGAGCCUAUUCAGAUAGUUCUCAUGUUAAAUACAAUGUACCUGCAAUUUGACAGACUGACCACAGUGCAUGAUGUGUACAAGGUGGAGACAAUUGGAGAUGCCUACAUGGUCGUAGGUGGGGUUCCUGUGCCUGUAUCCACUCACGCUGAGCGGGUUGCUAACUUUGCCUUGGGGAUGGUAAUAGCAGCUAAAGGAGUAGAGAACCCAGUUUCUGGAAAUCCAAUCCAAAUUAGAGUUGGGAUCCAUACAGGUCCUGUCUUGGCUGGAGUUGUUGGAGAAAAGAUGCCUCGUUACUGCUUAUUUGGAGAUACUGUGAAUAUAGCUUCCCGGAUGGAGAGUCACGGUGUCCCGAGUAAAAUUCAUCUAAGCUCCAGUACCUAUCAAUGCCUAAAAUACAAGAAUUUUGAGAUGACUGAAAGAGGAGAAAUAGAAGUGAAAGGCAAAGGGAAAAUGCACACGUAUUUCCUCGUUAGAAAUAAAGCUGCAACUGAGAAUGAGAUUAUGGGGAGGCCAGGAAAAGACACAGAUUCUGGCCAUGAAUCUGUUCAGUCCUUUCAAGAAGGCAGGACUGAAACAACACCAAGUUCUCAUCAGACAGUUAAUCAGACUCAGCAAGAGAGGGACCAGACCACAGCCAUUGCAAUGAAGUAUAUUGACAGUCCCACAGAUGCACAAAACAGUCUCAAAAGAAGAAAUCGAGCAAAAAAUGCAGAUUUAACAGGGAAAGAGCCAAACCAGCUACCGAAGAGCCACAGAUUAGAAAUGUUCGCUCCAAUUUUUGCAAUCUACUCUAAGUUUCUUACUUUAUACAUGAAACAGCAUUUUUCUUAUGAUUUACUGCAUUUUCCUGUUGUGGGACUGAUUUUGUAUAUCAAGUACCUCAUGAUUUUGUUUAAAAAAAAAAAAAAAGAUUUCAUCACAGUUGUCAGCAAAAAGAAUGAAGGAUAUAUAUUUUUUUAAUCAAGCUACACAUGCCAUAUAAUAUUCUCAGUGGAGAAUGAAACCACCACAAGAGACUUUGAAGAUGUAUUUUUCAGCUUCUGCUGUGUCUUUGAGUAUCCCUAUGUAAAAACCACUGUUUGGUAUCUCAUGCAGCAAUCGAGAAAGCGGUGACUCAUACAACUAGAAAUAUUCCUACUCAAGUGAGCACUUGCAAAAAAAGCAACAUUCCCUGAAGUGACCAUCUGUCUAGACUUCAGCACAACCAAUAUCUGCCCUGUGUAAGGUCAGCAGAAUUUGAUCUACUAUGACGACAAUUUAAUCUCUUAACAGGUCUUUUGUUGGGUUGAGGCAUUGUGCAGUAAACGUGCAGAAUAGAUUUCUGUCAUCUAAUACAACCUGUAUUUUUCCAUCCUGAAGAAACAAUAUUGUCUACUUUAUAGCACAUAACAGUAAAAAAAAGCACAAAAUAAUCUGCAGUCUUUAAACCAGCUGUCCACGCUGUACUUAGAAGAUCUGAGAAGGAAAUGCACGUAGUGGAAUUACGUAGCAUCAAAUUCAUCACAAUGCUGAAGGCCUGCUCAUGGCCCGCUACCUGAGACCUUCAGAUGAAUUUCAAGUUUAUUUCCUGUGGUCUCACUCCAGAUAAACAAAAACAAAGUUUGAGAACUACAGAGGGAGUGUGUCAAGGCUGAAAUUAAUGCUGCUAACAUCACUGAAAAUAACUGUUAAAAGAUCAACAUCCUUUACCUGGUGUCAGAGGCUCCCUCGCUGAAUCACUUCCACGCUGAUAUAUUCUUAGAGCGCACCUAAUCAGAACUGGUAGAGAAAAAUUGAUGUUCAGCUAUCAAGGGUGUAACAUGCAGGAGCAAAAAUACAGUAGAUAAGAAGAUUGUGGAAAUCCAGCACAUCAUAAAUUGUCCUCUCCUUCCUUUAAGUGGAACAUGGAGUAGAUGAAUGUGCUGAGUUCUGGGUGACUUUGAUAUGCAAUGCACCCUGCACAUUGAUUUAUUAUCUUUGGGUGUAGAUUCAUUGUCUUAAGUACGUAAACAUGAGACCCAUAUGAACUUUGAGCAAGAACCCACUGGAGAAGAUGAUAAUGUUACUCCUCUGUUACAGCCUGGAGCAUCACAUUUCCACCCCCACAUCAGUGGCAAGAGUGAAGCCCUUUAAACACCAGGCGGAGAGGUAAGACUGAUGAAAGGAGUUGCCUCCUCUCUACAGUAUUAACAAGAUGAAAUUUCACCUAGCUAGAUUUUCUUUUUAAACCCACGAGACAGGAGCUGUUUUGGCUGGAUGCUCUGUGGUUCUGUCUAUGCUAGCGAGCAACGCAGACCAAUUGAGGCGGAUGUGUAGAGUGAAGCUGUCAGUGCUGACAUCCACACAUCAGGCAUUUCAGAGGGCUUGCUCAUGUGGUCCCACACACUGGAUACUUUUCAGCUUUUGGAGCACCUUAGAAGUGCAUCUUCUGGCUUCGUUCAUGCAGAAGAGAUCAGUUCAUGCACUUUGAGACCACUCUACAAUUUGAAACAAAGUACAGUAAGUAUGACUAGGGAUGUCUCCUGACACUGACUAAAAUGGUGCAAAUACAGAUGCACCCUUUAACAUUAGCACUUUCAACAAAAGAACAGGACAGCACCAUUCUGGAAGAGUGCAAUUUUAUGACUGGCAGGAUUUAUUUAUUUAUGUAUUUAUUUAGAAGGAUUUUGCUAUCUAGAUAUUGCUCAUUAUUUUGGGGAGGGUCGUACCAGCUGUAGGAUGAAGAUGCAUCUGAGCAUUAUUAUUGUUAAAUUGGUUUUACCAAUGGUGUGCUUGUGUGCUACCCUCAGACACACAUCUAAAUUUCACCUUAGUAACACCCCCUGACAUGGAGCACCUUCCAGUGCUCACAGUUUUGCACUUCUGUGUUGUGACCAUAGUUUUAAAGUCUUUUCUAAAGAAAGGUAAUACCCAACUUCUCUCUCACUCACGCUGAGUCUGCCAUACCAGUUAAAUCAGUGCUGUCCCACUGAUUUAACUUGAGAAUUUACUCUGACAAGAUGUUUUUGCCUCCAACCUAGAGACGUGUUUUACUACUCUUGAGCAGUCAUGCUGAUGAAAUGGAGAACAUGUCAUUUAACAAAUGGCAGUGGUGGACUCCGUGUUUAUCUGGACUUGCUAUGGGUAUAUAAAGCCACUUAGCCCCAAGCACAAGUGUCACACAGGAGGGAACAUCUCUGAGAGGCCAGUGCUAAUGCAGGAGGGAACCUCUUGCAAAAAGGCCAGGGCCCCUCUGAACUUCAAUGAAUUCUUUAUGGGAGGAAGAAAGGAAAGGACCAUGGCUUAAUUGCUGCCUGCAUCUCUCUGCCCAAAUCUAGCUUUGCUUAUACCUUCCCUUUUCACACUGACCAAUCUGUGAAUAUUUAAUAGUGGAAUGUGUUAAUUGACAGUAACUGUGCCAUGGUAAGGUACUUUAUGCUGUACUUCAAUAAAAUUGAUGUGCUCAGUGGUGUCUCUGUGGCCUCUGCUACAUCUGGUCUUCUGCUGCUCUGCUGGAGAUGUGGAGCUGGGUCAAAUCUGAACACCUGCUUUUAAAAAUUAAUGUGCCUGUACAUCAUCCUGUGUUUCUAGAUCAGUAGGUACUGCUAAAGACUGAAAUAAUGCAAAAAUACUAUUCAAAAAUAUUUUUUCCAUUAAUACACCGACUACCAUUUUUCAAUGA